CCAUAGAUAGUUCAUUUUCUUGUCGCCAAAAUGGACGUAUCAUGGGAAAUACACAACCUGGUCUCGCGCAUCUCACAAUUACCACCGGAGCUUGCUGAGACACUACAACAAGGCGACGGCGCACAUUUUCUUGCUCAUCUUAGCAGAGCUGCUCUCGACAGACGAUACACCGAUCUGGUUCUGAUUCACGCCGAAUCACUAAUCCCACACUGCUGCGCCGAGUUCCAAACUUCCUCCGACUACGUCUCGGUCGUCGCCGCAUACGCUCGCCUUGUUUCUCUCGCUCCUCACGUCUCCGAAUACGCCGAGCGCUACCUUAGUUCGCAUAAUGUCGAUAGCAUUCCCGACUCAAAUCUCUUCACCCUCGAAUACUUCUUUGCCUUGAUCCGCUUGUUGCGAUUUGAUCGCCAGACCUUUGCCAAGUUCGUGCCCUUUUCACGGAUACACCAGCUUCUCGACCACAAUGCUCGUGCAUUGCGCUAUCUUGCUAUCCGCGUGCUAUGUCUGUAUCUGAGCGCCGCAGAUGCUGCUCUACAAGACAUGACCAACAAGUAUCUCGCAAACGAUGCUGGAACUCAGGACUUGAUUGCACCGCUGGGAUCAUGGGAGGACAAAGAGAUUGACUACCGUCUUCUUACACUAUGGGAGGAGCGUCGCCUGAAGAAUUUGGAGAAAGAGAAGGAAGCCUUACAACUAGAACGUGCUGCAUACUUGGACGCUGGAAAUGCUCCUAGACAGCGCGUCGUUUUGCCCGCCGAACUCUUUCACACUUCGACCGCAUGCAUUUCGGGUGUUUUGCUGCCCCGUGGUGCUGCUCCUACCGAAUCGCCUACGAACUCAAUCAUUGACACGCCCACAACCGCCUCGAACCUGCGUGAAUUGGCCACUUCACUCAAGGCACCAAACCCCGUUCUCUUGACUGGUCUUGCUGGUUCUGGAAAGACACUGUUAGUACGCCAUGCCGCACGUCAGCUUAACAAGCUGAAGUCCAUGGUUACGCUGCAUUUGAACGAGCAGAGCGAUGCUAAACUGCUUAUUGGAAUGUACACAACCGGAAAGAACCCAGGAUCUUUUGUGUGGCAGGCUGGUGUAUUGACAACUGCCGUGCUUGAAGGCCGCUGGGUGUUUAUUGAGGAUCUGGAUCGCGCACCGAACGACAUCAUCAGCACUUUGCUACCCUUGAUUGAGAGAAAUGAGCUUGUUAUUCCCAGCAGAGGGCAGACAAUACACGCAGCUAGAGGCUUCCGCAUCAUUGCUACCAUGCGUACUUCCUUGUCGAAUAGCGGGCAUGAGACCAAGCCAGCCUAUAAUUUGUUGGGCGCACGCCACUGGAAGUCUGUACAUGUCAGUAUGCUGCCAUCGGACGAACUGAAACAAGUCGUCGUUGGUCUUUUUCCUUCGCUAUCAGAGUUUGCUCCUCAGUUCGUUACUGUCUUCCAAAACCUGCAGGCGUUGAAACAGCAAGCACAUCUGGCAAGCCGUAGCAGGACUGGUCUCAUGCGUGAGGUCAACCCGAGAGAUUUACUCAAGUGGUGCGCUAGAGUGGCUCUUAUGCUUGGAAACAGGCCGAACAUGACUGCUGGUGAGCUCGACCAGAUUUUCCUAGAUGCUGUCGACUGUUUUGCUGGUGCUUUGCCUGAAGGUACAGCAUAUACUGCACUGACUUCAUGCAUCGCCGAAAAUCUGCAAAUUGACCCGCAACGCUGCCAGCAUCUGCUUGGUGAAAGGACGAUCAUCCACAAGGAGGAGCCCAGUCGAGUCACAAUCGGUCGCUCAGUCUUUUCGCGUCAACAGCGAAAAGGUCUCGCUGGUCCUACUGGCAAACGCGCUUUCUCAACGAAUGCACACACUCUUCGUUUACUCGAUCGUGUUGCAGUAGCUGUAACCCAGAAAGAGCCUCUUCUGUUGGUUGGUGAAACUGGUACCGGUAAGACUACCAGUGUGCAGCACCUUGCAGAUCAGCUCGGCAAGAAGCUCGUGCCUUUCAACUUGUCUCAACAGAGCGAAAGUGGAGACCUUCUUGGUGGUUUCAAGCCUGUCAACGCUCGCUCCAUUAUUGUGCCUCUGAAAGAGGAGUUCGAUGACUUGUUCUCUGCUAGUUUCUCAUACAAGCGCAACGCUCAGUUCAUUGAGAUGUUGAACAAGUGUAUGGCUAAGCAGCAGUGGGGCCGUGUGUGCAAGCUGUGGAACACGGCUCUUGGUAUGGUAGAACAGCAAAGAAUUGCUACCCUGCAAGCUGGCUCCAAAUCUCCGUCAAGGAACGCCGAGAACCCUGCUAAGAAGCGCAAGGUUGAGCCUGCCAUGACCGCUGUGCUUAGCGGAAGAUGGGACAAAUUUGCUUUGGAGGUCAAGAGUCUCGAGAACCGCCUCUCUGCUGGUCAGGAGGCGUUCGCUUUUGCGUUCGUCGAGGGAAACAUCGUCAAGGCCGUCAGGAAUGGUGACUGGGUUCUCCUUGAUGAGAUCAAUCUUGCUUCACCAGACACACUGGAGGCAUUGGCUGACUUGUUUGAUGUUACUUCUCCAUCUCUCAUGCUCAGCGAAGCUGGAAGUGUUGAGGUCAUCAAGGCUCAUCCUCAAUUCCGUGUCUUCGCUGCCAUGAACCCUGCGACUGACGUCGGAAAGAAGGAUCUGCCUCUGGGUAUCCGUUCCAGGUUUACCGAGCUCUACGUUGAAAGUCCUGAUCGCGAUUAUCAGAGUCUGCGAAACAUUGUCCAGGCUUAUCUAGGUCAAGAGGCAGUGUUGGACAGAUCAAUUGCCUCAGAUGUGGCCAAGUUACACCAAGCAGCGCAGAACUUGAACGAGGAGAAUUUGCUCGUUGAUGGUGCUGGCCAAAAGCCGCAUUUCAGUUUGAGAACAUUGACUCGUGCUUUGAUUUAUGCCAAGGACGUCUCACCACUCUGCUCUAUCCGCCGAGCUGUCGCGGAGGGUAUUCAGAUGAGUUUCUUGACACUUCUUGACAAGGAGUCAGAGGCUCGUUUGAUGCCGCUCAUCCACCAGCACAUGUUCGGAAAGCUUGCGAAUGUUGCUGCUGAGCUCAAGAAGCCCUUCCGCCAGCCCCAAGACGGGCAUACUUAUGUCAAGGACGGUGCUUACUGGCUUAGGCAAGGCAACUUCGCCGUGCAAGAUCAACCCCACUACAUCAUCACACCCUUCAUCCGUCGCAACCUCGACAACCUUAUUCGUGCUUCUUUCACUCGUCGCUUCCCUGUAUUGAUCCAAGGUCCUACCUCCGCGGGUAAGACUAGUAUGAUUGAGUACUUGGCCAACAAGUCAGGAAACAAAUUUGUCAGAAUCAACAACCACGAACAUACGGACUUGCAAGAAUACCUGGGUACUUACGUCUCUGGCUCCGAUGGCCGCUUGCAAUUCCAAGAAGGUGUCUUGGUGAAGGCUUUGAGAGAAGGUCACUGGAUUGUACUCGAUGAGUUGAACUUGGCGCCUACCGAUGUCUUGGAAGCACUCAACAGACUUCUUGACGACAACCGAGAGCUAUUGAUCCCCGAGACGCAAGAGACUGUCCGCCCUCACGAGAACUUUAUGCUAUUCGCCACACAAAACCCUGCUGGUCUUUAUGGUGGACGUAAGGUCUUGUCUCGUGCUUUCCGUAACCGUUUCCUCGAGCUUCACUUCGACGACAUUCCAGUUGAAGAGUUGCAUACCAUUCUCCAGCGUCGUACUCAGAUUCCCGACACAUGGUGUAAGCGUAUUGUCAGUGUCUACAGGGAGCUCUCCGUAUUGCGCCAGGAGAACCGUCUUUUCGAGCAAAAGUCUUUCGCCACUCUUCGUGAUCUCUUUAGAUGGGCAUUGAGACGGGCUGACACCAUCGAUGAACUUGCUGUCAAUGGUUUCCUGCUCCUUGCCGAGAGAGUUCGCAAGCCCGAGGAGCGCGAGGCUGUCAAGAAGGUCAUCGAGAAAGUCCUCGGCCAGAAAGGGCCCAAGGUCAACAUUGACAUUAGUGCCCUGUAUGGUGUACAGUCCCCGCUCUUGCAAUCUUACCUCACACAAGCCGGCUCGAAGGGCGUUGUCUGGACGAAUGCCAUGCGCAGACUUUAUGUCUUGGUCGCAACUGCCCUCCAGAACAACGAGCCUGUGUUGCUUGUUGGUGAAACCGGUUGCGGUAAGACCACCGUGGUACAGAUGCUUGCCGAUGCCAUUCAAAAAGAACUUCACAUCGUCAACGCUCACCAGAACACCGAGACCGGUGAUCUGAUCGGUGCUCAGAGGCCUUUGAGAAACAGAGCAGCAAUCGAGCAGCAAGUCCGUGAGAUGCUUGUAUCACUUCCGCACGCCGAGAUUCAAGAGGCUGCUCCUACCUCAAGCGUUGAUGAGCUCUUUGCCAUCUAUGACCAGGUUAAGCUCAACGCCGACAAGAGUGACCCUUACACUGCCAAGAUCUAUGAAGCAAUUGAUACCAGCCGUCCUAGACUGAAGGCACUGUUCGAGUGGGCUGAUGGUUCGCUCGUUCACGCCAUGAAAACUGGACAGUAUUUCUUGCUCGAUGAGAUAUCUCUUGCAGACGACUCUGUUCUUGAACGUCUCAACAGCGUACUUGAACCCUCACGAGAGAUGUUGCUUGCCGAGAAGGGCUCACUCGACUCUUUUGUCAAGGCUCAGCCCGGUUUCCAGUUCUUUGCCACUAUGAACCCUGGUGGUGAUUAUGGUAAGAGAGAGUUGUCGCCAGCUCUGCGCAAUCGUUUUACCGAGAUCUGGGUACCUGCGCUUUCCGACAUUGAAGACGUGCUGCAGAUUAUCCGCUCUAAGCUCAAGGAUCACGCGGCACCCUAUGCAAACGUUCUCGUCGAGUUUGCCCAGUGGUUCAACCAGAGAUACAAUACUUCCGCCGCUUCUUCAAUCUCCAUUCGUGAUACCCUUGCUUGGGUUGAGUUCGUCAACCGACAGCCUCACCGCGAUCCUAUCUUUUCGAUCAUUCAUGGUGCCGCCAUGGUCUACAUUGAUACACUCGGCGCAAACCCUGCUGCACUUCUCGCGAUCAACCCUGGCACUGUCAAUUACGAGCGCUCCCAAUGUCUUGAUGAGUUGAGCAAACUUAUCAAGGCUGAUGCGUCUGCCGUCUACAACUCGCCAAUCCAUGUAGAAGUCACUGACGAGGUACUCGAACUCGGCGCCUUCUCCAUUCCAGUCAUAACGAAGGGAAACGAGCCAGGAUUCACCUUCCUGGCACCGACAACAAGGUCAAACGCCAUGCGUGUGAUUCGUGCCCUUCAACUCACCAAGCCUGUCCUUCUUGAAGGCAACCCUGGUGUUGGAAAGACCACUCUCGUUACCGCGUUGGCCCAAGCAAUUGGCAUGCCUCUUACUCGUAUCAAUUUGUCGGAACAGACUGAUUUGAUGGACCUCUUCGGUUCAGAUGUUCCUGUUGAAGGAGCCGAAGCCGGAACUUUCGCCUGGCGUGACGCACCUUUCCUGCGCGCCAUGAAGAAUGGUGAAUGGGUGCUGCUUGAUGAGAUGAACCUUGCGUCUCAAUCUGUUCUUGAAGGAUUGAACGCUUGUCUCGACCACAGAGGUGAGGUGUACAUCUCCGAGUUGGACCAGACUUUCCGUCGCCACCCUGGUUUCAGACUGUUUGCGGCACAGAACCCCCAUCACCAGGGUGGUGGCCGUAAAGGUCUGCCGGCCUCGUUCGUCAACCGUUUCACCGUCGUAUAUGCAGAUGUCUUCAGCCCUCAGGAUCUUGUUCUUAUCUGUCAAACAUCAUUUGCUAGCUACGAUGCCGACAAGAUCGCUCCAAUCGUCUCCUUCAUAGACCAGCUCGAUAUUGAGACUCAGCGCAGAAAGAUUGGCUCUCUUGGUGGACCUUGGGAAUUCAACUUGCGUGACACAUUGCGUUGGUUGAACCUCAUCACUGCUGACCAAGGUCUGCUGAAGGGGGGUGAAGUUGAUGACUUCUUCUCCACCAUCAUCUCGCAGCGUUUCCGUACUCCCAUGGACAGAGCUCUCGUUACCCAGCUUUUCCAAAGCAUCCUGCCAGACGCUCCUGUCACUCACAGCAUGUUCCAUAACAUCGGACCCAAGCAUUUCCAAGUUGGGUUGGGUAUGCUUCAAAGAAACGCUCACCUAGCUAGAGUGGGCGCCGACCACCAAUACUUCGAUUUCAAGCCCCACCUGCAAGUUUUGGAGUCUGUGAUGGUUGCUGUGCAGAAGAGAUGGCCAGUGCUGCUUGUUGGACCAUCAGGCUCAGGUAAAACAGCAAUCUUGGAAAAACUUGCUGCAGUCCUCGGUGUCGAUAUGACUACAUUCUCUAUGAACGCUGAUGUUGACUCGAUGGACUUGGUUGGUGGAUUCGAACAGUCUGAGCCUCAGCGUGCCAUUCAUAGUUUCCUCGAGAAGCUUCGUACCUUCGCCGCAUUGCAAACAGUCCGCUGCUUGACCAUUGAUGCGAACAAGUCUGCGCUUGACGCACUGCAGCGACUUCGCCAGCUGGCGUCGCAGGCAGACACAAGCCUCAUCACUACCGGUCGUAACGAGGUUACCCUUGAGAUUUCGCAUUUGCUCCAGAACUUCAUCUCGGUCGCUCAGACUUCGGGGUCAGUCUCGUCAAACACGUUCAUGAUCGACGUUCCCGAAGCCGAGUCUCUGCUCGAGCAAGUAAACGUCCUGAUCUUGAAGCCUACUGCCAUCAGCCGAGCACAGUUCGAAUGGAUGGAUGGUAUGCUCGUACAAGCACUCGAGCGUGGUGAGUGGUUGGUCUUGGACAAUGCCAACCUUUGCAGUCCCGCUGUCCUGGAUAGACUCAAUUCUUUGCUUGAGCCUAAUGGUACACUCAUCAUCAAUGAGAACACUGAUGCUUCGGGACAAGCUCGUGUCAUCAAGCCUCAUCCAAACUUCAGGAUCUUCUUUACUAUGGAUCCAAGAUAUGGCGAGCUGUCCAGAGCUUUACGCAACAGAGCUGUUGAGCUGUUCCUACUAUCAAGCACAGCAUCUGAGCACGUGUCGAGCUUAGAGUUCUCCUCAGAGUCUAGUCUCCACAGGCUUCGCAACACAGAAGUCUUAGAGAAUGCAGAUGUCAGCAACGCUCUGACUCCCCUCAUUGCACAAACCGUCAUGGAAAGUUUCUCUUACCAAGACACCCUCAUCAUGCCUCAUUUCAUGUCUGGUCUCGAAGUUGAUCUUUAUCACACUCCAAACAACGUGCUUGAUAAAAGCAAGAAUGUUCAGUUCAAGUUCAAGACUCUGCACUCGUCAGAGGAUGUGGACAAGCAGGCAAUGCCUGAUGCUAGUGGCUCUGCCAUUCAGCCCUUCCACCCUCUGAACAACGUUGCUCUUGCUGGUUGUAACCUUGAAGCGACCGAAUGGGCUGCUGCUCUGUAUGAGCUUGAGUGGGACCUUCACACCAUGCAAAUCGCACUCGAGGAUGUCAAAAACCGUGAUGUGUCCAAGCGCGAGCAAACUCGUCUCCAGCGUUCUGCGAUCGGCCAAGGCCCUAAGCAGAAGCACUUCACCAGCCAUGUAUUUGGCCUUCUUCGUGGCGCUAUUGAUGUGUGGUCAAGGUUCCUCGACACCGCUGUGUUCGCCAAGCAACAAGGCCAGCUCGUCGGCCAGUACCCCGUCGACACGUUCAAGCCGUGGAGAAGGUACUGGUGGGAGUUCUUCAGCCUUGUAGACUCCAUCGACGUGGAAGAAGCAGUGUUCAAGGCGUACAUUGAGAUUGGUGUCCGUCUUGAGCAGACUCACGGUAUCGAGUUUGCCGCUCGCUUGACUUCCAGCGAUGCACAAGCAGUCGAAAGCUUCAGCUCCUACUUUGUGUUGCCUCUGGAUCGGGCAUUCUCGCCAGACAACAAGGGAGCUUCAAUGACUGCUUUGUGGACUGUCAUGAGACCGAAGACUGCGCGCAAUUACCAACAACUGCAGGAUAUCAUUGGGCUUGAAGCCAUGGCUGACAGAUUAGACAUCUUUGCCAGAAGACUUGACGCUCCGAUGGACCAGCUUUUGCAACUGCAAGAAGCAUUCGGCAAAGCCUUGGCUGUUGUUCUUGAUGGCUCUGAGGAGGCACCUGCUCUUAUUGCCAGUCUCGAAGAGGCCAUGUCCGCAUUCACUACUGAAGAGACUGAUGUUGCACACGUUCUGCCGCACUUCAAGGAACAAUUCGAAGGUAUUGCUCAGACUUUCGACCUCUUGUACGGCAAGGACAUGUCCAAGUAUCCCCAGAGUGGCAUUUUUGGUGCCAUCGCUGGCCGAACCUUGAGCGAGCAGCUGAAGAAUCAGUUACAGCGUGUCAACUUCCUUGCCUUUAGACCCACAAAAUCUAUUGCUGCACACCAAGGCGACAUCUUCGAGGCCCUCGGCAAGCACGUCGGCUUCUACAGCGACGCUCAGAAGCCAUUGGCUCUGGAGACCAAUCUCCAUCAACACGUUCUUUCCGGUCUCGACCACAUCGAUGAAGUGCCACUGAGCAAGUUGGACCUGCUCAGAACCGAGGCGCAGAUCAUGGCACAAAUCAUUACAAGCAAUACGCAUGAUUUGGAAGCAAACUCCGUUCACGUUCUGGACGGACAUCUCGCCAUCCUAGCAGAUGUACUCCUGCGCUCUUUGCGUGAAGUGUCCCGCACAAAGGAUAUCAGACAGGCUGACUGGCGGUCCUGGAUCGAAUGGGCUUCCGAGUCUUUCCGUUCAGGCAAAAUCGUUACCCCAGCUCCUGUCAUGGCUUCGGUACAAGAUGCUGCUAGCAUUUGCAAGCUUUACCUUGAUCCUCUGGUGCAUUAUCUUGUUGAUGCUUCCGUCGCACGUACUACUGAUCCGGCUGUCUCUGCCAGAGCUUGGUUGAGAUUUGCUCUCGGUUGUAUGUCAUUGUACAUCACUAGCAAGCCUUCUGACCCUGCGCUUCGUCCAAUGCUCGACAGACAGAUCUUUCGCAAGACAUUCGCAGAUCUACAAACGAAACUGGCAGCUUUGCAACGUUUCGCUGAUGCAACUGGCCUCUACUCUUCGCUCCGUACCGCUUCGGUCCAGCAAGAUAUUACCGACCUUGGUGAAGAGCCCAGUGUCCAGGACAUUGCCAGACCUUCAAUCUCAGAGAUCACUAAGCUGCAAGGAGAGCUCAAUGCCCUACAAAGAGCACUUGCCCCUCUGUACAACGCUCCUGAAGAUAUGCUUGUAGGCUUUGCCAAGGAUGCAGUUUUGCGUCAAAACGUGAGACAGGUCAAGGCUCGUCUGAGCGACGGGUACCGUGCCUACGCUGAUAUCACUGGACCUGUCAUGGGCUUCCUGCACUGUCUUGAGGUCGGCUUCGCACUUGCAAGCCUGGUUCCCGAGGACGCCUCGAUGACAGAGAAGACUGUAGACAUCAAGCAAUUCUCGCCUCUGACUGGCGCACUGCCUGCUUAUGUGCAGAAGGCUACUGCUAUCACUGCUGUCAUGCGCUCUCCUCACCACAACAACGUCCGAAUGCACGCACUAUCUUCGUUCGCUACCAUGAGCCGCAUAUUGCCCGAAACGCAGACCUCGACGUGGGAUGCUGUGUACGAAAUUUUCGACUCCAUGUAUGAGCAAUGGCAUCUCGAGCUACAGAACAACCAGCAACAGAACGCCGCAGAUCACAGUCUGUACGCCUAUCGUGGUGACGAAGAAGCCGAGGAUGAAGCCACACAAGCCGAGAUGGCAGAACUCUUCCCCGAGUUCGAUACUGAGGAGAGCGAAGUAAUCCAAAACAAGUCAGCCGCGCCUCAAAAGAUGCAAGCUCUGGCACCUGGCCUUGCCACCGUACUCUCAGAGAUCUACAAGAAGGGAGCAGCCAACGAAGAAGACCUGCUUGCACUUGUCAAGAAAUCAGCUUCGCUGCUUGGCAAACAGUCAUACGAACAGACCAUCCAGAGCAUCGACGGCUCAAGUGGUGUCAUGACUCCCUUGCUUGUUCUAAUUAUGCAAGAAAAGACCCAAAUGCUCAACGGUUCCGGCUUCAAGAAGAACCUCUACAACAUCUACACUGAGUCCAACCUCGCUGAAGCCGACAAGCUUAUCUCGCUGGUCAGAAGAAUACAGACUAGAUUCAGAGACAUUCAACAAGUCUGGCCCGAACAUGCUACACUUGGUGAUGUCUUGCGUAUCUGUGAUGAGCUUCUCGAGUUUGCACACACCGAGCCUGUCGCCAAGAUUAUGACCAAGGUUGAAAAGCUCCACUCUUACGUCCACGAAUGGCAGGUUGUCGCCAGCAGGGAGUACAGCGCGGCCGCACUGUACGACAACAUCACAAACCUUAUUGUCAGCUGGAGACAACUCGAGCUCUCGACCUGGUCAAGACUGCUUGACAUGGAGACCAUUCGCUGCAACGAAGACUCUAAGAGCUGGUUUUACAUCGCGUAUGAGAACAUAGUCGUCGUACCCCUGCAGAUUGGCGAGACCGAGACAGAGAUGAAGAACCACGUUACUGAACUCAUCAAGACACUCUAUGGCUUCUUCACAUCCACCGGACUUGGUCAAUUCUCUGCUCGUCUGAGAAUGUUGGGCAACUUCCGCGAGUACAUCAAGACUCGUGCAGCAAGCUUCCCCUCCUUCAGCAUCGCGCACACUGCUUUGGCCAAUUUCAUCGCUUACAUGGCACGUUAUGAGCCGCUGGUCAACCAAGCUCUCGACACUGGCAGACAGAAGUUAGAGAAGGACAUGAAGAACAUCAUUCAACUUGCCAGCUGGAAAGACACCAACAUCGAUGCAUUGAGACAGAGCGCCAAGGCCUCUCAUCGCAAGUUGUUCAGAGUCGUUCGCAAGUUUAGAGCUCUUCUGGCCCAGCCUGCUCAAAGCAUCGUCUCAGCAGGUCUGCCCGACAUCGCGUAUGCCGAGACUCCAACCGCUGCUGGCCUGCGCAAGACCGAAGUUCCUGUCAAUCCCAAGGCAUCUUCUCUUUGCACCCAGCAGGUAGCCAAGUGGAACGAACGUCCAGCUCGUUUCAAGAACACUGCUAUCACUCUGACAGUCAUGCAAUCCAAGGGUACAAUCCAGCCCGAACACAUUGAUUGUGCCUCAGAAAUCAACACCUGGCUUUCGGACACCGAGUCCAUUGCUGCACAGCUUCGUAAGGCCACACCCACUACUUUGACAGAGGAGAACACGGAGACAGUCAAGCAUCUCAAAAACCGUAAGCGCAAGCUCUUUGCCGACGUCCUCAAGGAACUCAGAAACAUGGGCUUCAAGAGCAAUAUGACCAGCGACGUCCUGGCUAGACAAGACUCUUUGCAAGCUGUCUUGGCUGGUAUCCCUGUUAUGGACAAGGAUCAGGCUGAGAGCUAUCUGCAUCGCCUGCUGUAUCUUAUGCCUCUUGUCAGAGAAGCUGCUAGAGAGCACUCCGAUGACUUGACUGGUGCCGAGAUUGCGAGAUCUGUAGCACUUUGCGAGAGUAUGUUGCAAGUUCUUGUGCAGCAGAGAAACGUCCUCGGUUCUGUGUCUGACGGUCAGAAGACUCUGGAGACGUUACUUACUCAGGCCGAAAAUCUUUGGGGCAAUGGCAAGCUUGAGCUUAGUGGCAAGAAGAAGCAGAGUUACGACACCGUUACCGCUGUUGCCUGCUUGCCUAUCAUGAUCAAGUCCGCUGCUCGCAUUGUCGCUUCCCAGGCCGAGCUUGCCAAGAUCGACUGCAGCAGUGUCGUCAAGUCUCUGAACCAGUGGGCCAUCCGCUUCGAAGGACUCAAGACACAAUGGCAGACUCUUCCCACUCUUCCUGCUGGAAUUACCAGCGAGGACCAUGUCAAGAUCAUCGAAGAGAGUAAGGCUGCUAUGCAGGAGAUCCACACCGAGCUCACUGCUGUCAUCGGGCAACAUCCUUACCUCGGAGCUACGCUUAGACAGCUCCAGCUCUGGGCCUUAGUCGACGACAAAGCCUCAAAGUCCAAGAGAAUGUCGAAGAAGACAUCUCUUAAGAUUGAUGAAUUCGGACAAGCAGCUUGCGACUUUGUCGACUCUAUUCUCGGCUCCGUUCAAGACCUCGAGAAGCCUCUCAGCGCGCUUCCUGUAUCCGCCGAGGACCCCAACUGGCUUCUUCACGAAAGUCAGAACUUGUCUACUGCAGUAAAGACUCUUCGUCUUCCCUAUGUCACCGAGCGCAUGCAGGAGCUCAUGGCACAGGUGCCUCAGCUUGACACCGACCUCGAUGUCGCAGCAGCAGUCGUUCACUCCUUUGUUCCUUUCGUGGCUCAGUACAACAGCCUCGCCAUCUAUUUGUCAUCUCGCCUCGACAACCUCCACGCAGCGCUUGGCCAGAUGUCCUUCCGCCUUGCCAAGAUCUUUGUUCAGCUUUCCAAGGAAGGCUUCUGUACGCCAUCUGAGAAGUCCAACGACCAGAACAAGGGCGAUGACAAGCUCGAAGGCGGUACUGGAUUGGGAUCUGGUGAAGGUGCUGAAGAUAUCUCGAAAGACAUCGAGGAUGAUGAGGACCUUGGCGAACUUGCUCAAGAAAAGGAUGAUCGCGAUGACAAAGACGAGAUCGAGGAUGAGAAAGACGCUGUCGAUAUGGCUGACCAAGAAAUGGAAGGCCAAAUGGGCGAUGCUGAGGAAAAGGAAGAUGAAGAAGGCGACGAAAAGGAAGACGAAGGUGAAGACGAGAUGGAAGAUGAGGUUGGCGAUGUCGAUGACCUUGGCCCCUCCACUGUUGAUGAGAAGAUGUGGGAUGAUGGUGGCAAGGAUGAAGAGAACAAGGACAAGGAGGGUGAUAACAAUGCCGGCACAGAAGAUCAGAAUGAGAUGACUGCUGCUGACGGUGAAGAGAAGGAAGAGAAGGAGAAAAAGGAGAACGAUGAUGAUGCAGAGGAAGAGGAUGAGGCUGAACAGCAAGGUGCUGACGAGACUGAAAAUGGCCCACCUGACGAGACGGAGAAGACCGAUCCUCACUUGCAGGAGCAAGACAACCUCGACCUACCCGACGAUAUCGACAUGGACGGCAAGUCCGAAGAUGGCGACGAAUCUGGCAUGGAAGACAUGGGUGACAUCGAUCCCAUGGAUGAGGAUUUACCCCAACCUGAAGGCGAACAAGAAGGCGAGAUCGAUGACCCAAGCAAGGAGGAAGAUGUCUCACCCGAAGAUGAGAUUCCCGCCGACCUCGAUGCUCAACAAGACGAAGCCGACGAGAACGCUGACGAAGAUGGUCAAGAAAAGACCAAUGAAGUUGGCGAAGACGCCGAAAAGCCUGAAGAGGAGGAGCAAGCUGAAGAGGAUCAAGACAUGCUUCAAGACAAUCGCAAGGACGACACCAAUGCCGCAGACGAAAUUGCUCCCAGCGAAGCUCAGGGUGCCGGUCUUGAUGAUCAGCAACCUCAAGACGACAACAAGGAGAACGACUCUGGCGCUGCUCAACGUGAGUCCGGCGAGCAAGGUGCUCAGCAAGAACAACAACAGCAAGCCGGUGCCGAGGGUGAACGUGGUGUUGCCGAGAAUUCUGCAGCCGCCGCAAACGAGGAGAAGACAGAAGACAAGCAAGAGUCUCUCCCGUACAAGAAGAUUGGUGAUGCCCUCGAGAAGUGGUACAAACAGCAGAAGCAGAUUCAAGAUGCUCCAGCGGACAAGGAGGAACGCAAAGAACAACCUCCUGCCGACGUCGACAUGAACGAUGCCGAGUUCGAGCAUUUGCAAAACGAAGCCGAAGAAUCUGACGCUCAAGCCCUGGGUGCUGCCAACGAGGAUCAAGCAAAGGCUAUUGAUGAAGAGGCCGGGGUGUCUACCAACGACAAAGAGCAGAGAGAAGACUUCAUGCCUGAAGAUGAGGAGGAAGGUGAAGCCUACCGUCCAGACGAGGACGUCGAGAUGGGCGAUCGUGAGGAAGACGACGACAAGCAAAACCCUGAAGGUGGAGCUGAAAACAUCCCCAAUGCCUUUGUUGGCGAUGCCCAAUCUCGCGACAUCGACAUCGACCAAGAUGGACCCGAAGCUCAAGAAGACAAUGACGACUCUAUCGAAGACGUCGAUCAUCAACUCGAGUCCGCCCACAUCUCCUCAAUGGCCGAUCUUCCUUCCCUCUCCCUUGACGAAGCAAGAGCUCUCUAUAACACCCACGAGUCCUCGACCAGAAAUCUCUCCCUGCUUUUAGCUGAACAUCUUCGCCUGUUGCUUACCCCCACCCACGCCACGAAGAUGCGCGGAGACUACCGCACUGGUAAGCGUUUGAACAUCAAGCGUAUCAUCCCCUACAUCGCCUCCUCUUACCGCCGCGACAAGAUCUGGAUGCGUCGUAGUGUCCCCAGCAAGCGCCAAUACCAAAUCAUGCUCGCCAUCGACGAUUCGCAAUCCAUGUCCGAAGGCGGCGCGCAAACCCUCGCCUUCGACACCAUGGCCCUUCUCGCCCGCGCAUUGUCAAUCCUCGAAGCCGGUGAAUUGUGCAUUCUCGGCUUCGGCGAAGAUGUCAGUGUCAAGCUACCUUUCGAAACACCAUUCACAGCCGAAGCAGGCGCAAACGUCAUCCGUGGCUUCAACUUCGAACAAACACGCACCAAUGUCAAGAACUUGGUCGCCAAAUCAUUGGACUUGUUCAGAGCGGCCAGACUCCGCGCUCAAGGCGCCAGCUCCGAGCUUUGGCAAUUGCAAUUGAUUGUCUCCGAUGGUGUUUGUGAAGAUCACAAUGGCAUUCGCAGUUUGGUCAGGCAAGCACACGAGGAGCGUAUCAUGAUGGUUUUCGUUAUUGUCGACGCCACCGCCUCCGCUCCUUCCAUCUCCGCUGCACCCUCUGGCACCGCCACCCCUGCCAACGCUGUCGCUUCUACCCUUACACCCAACGGCACUGCUCCUGCAACUGGUGCUUCCACGCCAGCUCAGAAGUCCAAGAAGAAUUCAUCAAUCUUGGACUUGCAAACUGCAGAAUUCGUCAAAGAUCCUAGUACGGGAGAAAUGACGGUAAAGACGGUCAAGUAUUUGGAUUCAUUCCCAUUCGGAUAUUAUUUGGUGGUUAGAGAUGUUAGGGAGUUGCCUGGUGUGCUUGCUGGUGCGUUGAGACAGUGGUUCGCUGAGGUUGUGGAGAGUCAGGGUUAGAGAAAUGAUUUGAAGGAAAAAGUGAUUUCUAUGGAGUUCUUUUGGGGGAAAUAUGGGAUGAGGAUGGCGUUUUUUUGCAGUGUUGAGUAUAAAAGUUUAUGAUUUUUUGAUUUAAUGCUUUUCUUUUCUUGUCCUUUUUUGGUCUGUCGGUGAGUUAGUGAGGUGGUUGUUUCAACUCGAAUGUAGAAGAGAGUCUCUGCUCUGAACAUUUCCAUCCCAUGCUUGUUCAGAACAACAUUUAAUGGUUCGUCGU